AAAUGCUUCCCCCGGAAACAGCUUCCCUCCGCACCACUCACCGCGUUCCGCUCCCUUCUUCUGUAAAUUGGUCUCUUACGAGAAAGGAUCUAUUGCUUUCAGUCCUGCAAGCUUCCCAACCGCCUGCGCAUGCAGAGCUCGGCUUUCUGGUCUGUCAUCCUAAGAGAAAGGACUUCCGGCACUGAAGAUCGGAAUAGGCUUGGGGGUGGUUGACGUUUGGUUGAAGAUGGAAGAGCUGGAAGGCUACUAUUUCUCGGCAGCCCUAAGCUGCACUUUUCUGGUCUCUUGCUUGCUGUUCUCCCUCAUAAACCGGGCUCUGCGCGAGCCCUACAUGGACGAGAUUUUCCAUUUGCCGCAGGCUCAGCGCUUCUGUUGGGGUUCCUUCCAGUGGGAUCCCAUGAUCACUACACUACCUGGUUUAUACCUGGUAUCUGUUGGAAUUGUAAAACCUGCCAGUUGGAUCAUUGGAUGGUCUCAUCAUGUAGUCUGCUCCAUAGGAAUGCUCAGAUUUCUUAAUCUGCUCUUCAGUGUUGGCAACUUCUAUUUACUCUAUUUACUUUUUUGCAAGUUACAACAGAGGAACAAGGCUGUCUCAGGUAUCCAGAGAAUUUUGUCAGCUUUAACAAUGGCUGUUUUUCCUACACUCUAUUUUUUUAACUUCCUCUAUUAUACAGAAACAGGAUCCGUGUUUUUCAUUCUUUUUGCAUAUUUGAUGUGCCUUUAUGGUAAUCAUAAAACUUCAGCCCUGCUUGGAUUUUGUGGCUUCAUGUUUCGCCAGACAAAUAUUGUUUGGGUUGUGUUCUGUGCAGGAAAUGUUAUUUCACAAAAGUUAACAGAGGCUUGGAAGAUUGAGCUACAAAAAAAGGAAGAGAAACUUCCAUCCAUCAAAGGACCACUCUCAGCAUGUAAGAAGAUACUGUACUUUCUUUUUGAUUAUGCCACGUCCUUUAGGAACUUGAGUAUGCUUAUUAUUUUAACAUGGCCCUAUAUCCUUUUAAUAAUUAUAUUUAUUGCUUUUGUAGUUUUAAAUGGUGGAAUAGUUGUUGGUGAUAAGAGUAACCAUGAAGCCUGUAUGAAUUUUCCUCAGCUAUUCUACUUUUUUACUUUCACUUUCUUUUUUUCCUUCCCUCACCUGCUGUCCCCUGCAAAAAUUAAAACUUUUCUUCACUUAGUGUGGAGACACUGGGCACAAUUUGUUGUACUUACAACUGUCUCCUUGUUUUUAGUCUGGAAAUUCACUUAUGUUCAUAAGUAUUUGCUAGCAGACAACAGACAUUAUACAUUCUAUGUGUGGAAAAGAAUAUUCCAGAGACAUGAAUUUGUAAAAUACUUAUUAGUUCCAUGCUAUUUGUUUGCUGGUUGGAGUAUUACUGAUUCAUUGAAAUCUAAAUCCGUUUUCUGGAACAUAAUGUUUUUCAUAUGCUUAUUUACAGUCACAGUUCCUCAAAAACUUCUUGAGUUUCGUUACUUCAUAUUGCCUUACAUCAUCUAUAGGCUUAACCUUCCUAUGCCAUCCCUGCCCAAGAUCCUUUGUGAAUUGAGUUUUUAUAUGAUUAUUAAUUAUAUAACGUUUCAUCUCUUCCUGAACAAGACAUUUCAGUGGCCAAAUAAUGAUAGUAUUCAAAGGUUUAUGUGGUGACCAAAUGAAUAUCUUGCUUCAUGUAAGCAAAUUUAUAUUUGGAGCUUUUCCCCAGUGAAGACAAGACUUUGUUUAAUAGUAAGCCAAGUGAUGUUCAUGUAGUUAGAAGCAAUUAUAAAAUCUGAUUUGCUCCACAUGAUGAAAUAUUGAAUUAAUCCAAGUGUUUAAAACCCUUUUAUUUACAUGAAUGAAUCAAGGAUGUCCAAAAAUUAUGAAAAAGAAUGGAAAAUAAAUAUUUACAUUUACUUUGAUA